UCCUCCCGCCAGCGUCCGCUUACCAGAAUCCAAGAUGGCGAGAUCCAGGCAAAGGGGUCUCCAGACUGGAGCUCGGCCGCUGUUCUGCGCCUUGCUGCUGUCGCUUUUUCGGUUCGUUGGGGGCGACGGCGUGGGAGGCGACCCCGCGGCUGCUGGCGCCACGGGCUCCUCAGCAGCGCAGCCACAUCGCCGUUUCGAGUACAAAUACAGCUUCAAGGGACCGCACCUGGUGCAGAGCGACGGGACCGUGCCCUUCUGGGCCUACGCGGGGAAUGCUAUUCCAAGUUCAGAUCAAAUUCGAAUAGCACCAUCAUUGAAAAGCCAAAGAGGAUCAGUGUGGACAAAGGCAAAAGCGGCCUUUGAGAACUGGGAAGUUGAAGUGACAUUUCGAGUAACUGGAAGAGGUCGAAUUGGAGCUGAUGGCCUGGCAAUUUGGUAUACGGAAAAUCAAGGCCUGGAGGGCCCUGUAUUUGGAUCAGCUGAUAUGUGGAAUGGAGUUGGAAUAUUUUUUGAUUCUUUUGACAAUGAUGGAAAGAAAAAUAAUCCUGCAAUAGUAAUCAUAGGCAACAAUGGACAAAUCCAAUAUGACCAUCAAAAUGAUGGUGCUAAUCAAGCUUUAGCAAGUUGCCAGAGGGACUUUCGUAAUAAACCCUAUCCUAUCCGGGCAAAGAUCAUAUAUUACCAGAAAACAUUGACAGUAAUGAUCCAUAAUGGCUUCACACCAGAUAAAAAUGAUUAUGAAUUUUGCGCCAAGGUGGAAAAUAUGAUUAUUCCUGCACAGGGGCAUUUUGGAAUAUCUGCUGCAACUGGAGGUCUUGCAGAUGACCAUGAUGUCCUUUCUUUUCUGACUUUCCAAUUGACUGAGCCUGGGAAAGAGCCACCUACACCAGAUAAAGAAAUUUCUGAAAAAGAAAAAGAAAAGUAUCAGGAGGAAUUUGAACACUUUCAACAAGAAUUGGAUAAAAAAAAGGAGGAAUUCCAGAAGGACCACCCUGACCUUCAAGGGCAUCCUGCUGAUGAAAUAUUCGAGAGUAUAGGUGAUCGUGAGCUGAGACAAAUCUUUGAAGGGCAGAAUCGUAUCCAUCUUGAAAUCAAGCAGCUGAACCGACAGUUAGAUAUGAUUCUUGAUGAACAGAGAAGAUAUGUCUCUUCCUUGACAGAGGAGAUCGCUAAAAGAGGAGCAGGAAUCCCAGGGCAGCAUGGACAGAUCACUCAACAGGAACUGGAUACUGUUGUAAACACUCAGCAUGAGAUUCUGAGACAAGUAAAUGAAAUGAAGAAUUCCAUGAGUGAAACUGUCAGACUGGUCAGUGGCAUACAGCAUCCUGGAUCUGCAGGUGGCGUAUAUGAGACAACCCAGCACUUCAAUGAUAUCAAAGAGCACCUCCACAUAGUCAAGCGGGACAUAGAUCACUUAGUGCAGCGAAACAUGCCAUCAAAUGAAAAGCCAAAAUGCCCAGAACUACCACCAUUUCCCUCAUGUUUAUCUACGGUGCACUUCGUUAUAUUUGUAGUUGUACAAACGAUGUUAUUCAUUGGUUAUGUCAUGUAUAGGAGUCAGCAAGAAGCAGCUGCCAAAAAAUUCUUUUGACCACCAUUUUCAUAUGUGUACAUCAUGUAUGUAUGUACAAAAUGUCUUUUUGAGGGAAUUUAAGUAUUUAAAUUGCUUUGUAGUCUAAAUUAUUAAAUUUUGUAAGAAUAAACCUUGAAGACAACCAUAUGUAAAUUUGUUCAUAGUAUAUAAAUCUAUUUAAAUUUCAAUGAAUUUCUGGCCAGUAGGAUACAGCCACUGAACAGAAUAUUGAUAAAUCAGAAGAUGAAUAAUAGAAGGUGGGGGGCACCCCCACAUAUGAACGUUACCAUGUCUCUGGUGUUGGAAGUUUCUAGUUUUAGCAUAAAACCCUUGCCCUCCUCCCCGCCCCCCUCAAAUAUGAGGUCUGAGAGCUACCCAGCAGGCUUAUUUUAUAACCAGAGUCUGUCUUUAAAGGCCAGAAUUUCCUACUCCAGCACUCAUUCUGCAGACCCUGACUCUAAUACAGCUCCCUUUGAAAUCAAAGACUAUAUUCUGUCUGAGAGUAUUCAGAUCUGGAUAAUAGGCUUCAGAAUGUUUAUUGAAGUAUUUUUUUAAUCCUCUGAUUAUCAAUGAUAAAUUUCACUUUUAAGGAGUUUUGGGGGGAGAAUUAAGAGCUGCUCUUUGGCUGAAAAACUGUUCAGGUGAAAACAUUCCUCUGAUAAUGGUUUUUAUGCGUAUUUUGCCUGGUGUUAUGUUCAUUUCAUGAUCGCUCAUAUUCUUGAAUGUCUGUGUUCCAGCAGUGUCAGUUCAAUAUUAUGGAAAUUAUUCUGCAUUUAUAUCUGUAACUUCAACUCAGAUUGCAUGUCCUGAGGCAAUUUUAAGGUCAUAAAACCUACCACUUCAUCCUGAUUUUUAUUGCUCUGUGCAGCCUGGUGCUUGUGACUCUGCAUAUUUGUGGAACUCAAGGAGGCAGUAGUAGAAGCAGUGUUGGAAUCUUGGAAGGCAGAAUUUGAAAAAUAGCGUUAAUACUUCUGAUUUCUUUCUUUGAAUGCCAGAGCUAAGGAUAUUGUGAAGCACUUGUUCGUAAGCAUAACCUUGGAAUGUCUGGCUGAAAGGAGUUGUUGCAGUCAGUGCAUAGUCCUAGGUAUUAGAGAACAAUCUGUAAAUGACACUUAAUUUCAUUUGCACAGCUGAGGUAGACUUAAAAAAUACUCUUUUAGUUUCCUUCUUCUAGCUCAAGUGGUAUAUUUCAUUUGCCAUAGAAUCAAAAAUAGUACUGGUUUAUAAAUAGUACUAUUUAACUCUUCACAGCCUUGAUAAAUUUGCUCUCAGCUAUCAUUUACAGAUUGGACUAAUUGCUUAAAAUCCAUACAGAGACUGAAGAACUCUGCAUUAUAGCAAUACCUAACUGGUACUGUGUAUGCAAACAGUCCCGCAUUGCUUUUUAUAAUAGUGUUUAUCCUGGAAUGAUGAACGAGAAUCUUCUAAUGGUCAUGCUCGCUACUUUGGCCACUUCAACUUAGAAUGUUCUUUGCUAGUGUUUUCUUUGUAGUGUUAACAUUUUGAAAUUCAUGUUUCAGAGACAUCACAGAAUGUUUCCUCAUCACAGAAUUUACUCUUAUUCCAUGAAAAAAAAAAAAAGUUAACACCUUCA